AUGACUCAAGAUAUAACCAUAAAAGACAGAAGAAGACAAACAAUUGAUGCAAGUCGUGAACCAACUGGCAGAUUUUAUGAUCAAAAGCUUCGAUUUAUGAUGAAAGUUUACGAAAGCUUAGAAGAUACGCUGCGAAGAAAAAAGGUGUCAAGCUCAAAUCUUCAAGAUCUAAUAACGAUUCGAAGCUCGUUCCGUGAAAAAGCUUACGACUUUUUGGAUGUAUUGACAUUCGAAAUCUUAAUGAAUAUUGACCGUGAAAUGAAAUCAAUGAACCCUCAUGUAGCACACUACUCAUAUUCGUCACCAGACUUCAUCAAGUUUGUCUGGUCACUCAAAGAUGUAACACUCCCAAAAAAUCUAGGCAAACUUCGAAGCAUUAAAGUCCAACCACUACAAAUGAAUGUAACAAUGUCAAAUGUAUUGGAUUUAGAGACGGCAUCUGUUCGUGUUUUGUGGUUCAAACGAGAUUUCUACAGUGACUAUUGUCCGUCAUACAUGCCAUCAUCGUUUGACAUGAAAUUCCAGAAUUUUGAUUCCGCAAUCGACGAAGAAAUGAAAAUGAGAAAAUAUUUUCGAGAUAAGCGUGUGGCUGAAAUGCGAGAAGCACGUGAAGUUUAUGAGAUAAAGAUGGAAGCAAUAAGGCAACAAGAAGAAGCUGAUGCUAAGAAUAAAAAGAAUAAAGAACAAAAAAUAGAACUUGUUGCUAAAAAGAAUUUGAGAAUUAAAGUGAUUAAGGAACCGCCGAUAGUUGAUGACAGCACUUAUGUUAAUGUUGAUGAUGAAUAUUUAGCGUACGAGAAUCAAAUAGUUGAGGAAGAAAUGCAUCUUUUAUCUCCUGAUAGUUUGAAUUUAGAUAGACAUGAUGUAAAUAUGAGACAGUAUCAAAUUCUUGGAGGAACUUACAGAAUAGAAUGCUUGGAACGUCCACUACAAACUAAAGAAAUUUAUCAGCAUCUAUUUGUUAGGUUGAAUGAGCGUCCGAAUGUCUUAAAAUAUCGAAACUUCCAUCACAUUUAUGAAGAACCUGUUCUUAAGAAUGUCAAAGAAGAGCGCAAAACAUUAUUUGCUGAAAAAUUACUUGACGCAAAAAAUAAAGCUCUUUUGGGUCUUAAUAAGAUUGAGAUAAAAUUGUCGGAUAAAAUUAUUUGGUGGGAGGAACCGAUGGCUUGUAGAUUUGAGAAAUGGGAAGAAAGUGAUGAGUUCCUUCAAUUAGAUCCGGAACUUCAAGAUUAUAACUUAAAUUAUGAGAAAUAUAAGGAACGGGAACUUCAGAGUUUAUUCAAGAUGCCUUAUACUCAGUUCCAGAAAAGAUUAAGAAUUGAAGAUUUCCAAUUGUCAGCAUACCCAGAAAAUAUAAAAAUCUCAUCCUUAGUCAGAUAUUUUCUAGCUCCAAUCCUACCCAAUGAAUUUCCACAUUAUGUCGAGAAACUUGAAAUGUUUGAAAAGAAGGAACGAGAAUGGCGAUUUUAUAAGGCACGACAUACAUCAAGUGGAGAUUACAUAGCAGUCGACCAAGACAAGGACAUGAAAAACACAACCAUUGCAACUGUUAAGAUUCUUAACGACUUCUUAAAGAUAUUUGCUCAAAAACAUUCAACACCUCGGGAACUUUUUCCUCAAAAGAUUAAGAAGCAUAGCCUUGAAAUUGUGGAAAACCCAGAGCUAUUAUUGACUGUACAAAAGGCACGAGAAGAACUACAAAAGAUCUUGAUAAUUGAAGAGGAAUGUGAGCCUGAAGUUGCAAAUGAUAUUCCACUAGAAAAGGAACCAUUAAUGCUUUCAGAACUUCUUGACCGAAUCAAUAACAUCCAAAAGAGCUUGAAAGCAGUUUUCAAAAUCGUACAAAAUAAAAUCGAAGAAGUUCCAGUUGAGAAGCCACGAAGAAAAUCGAUUAAAAAGAUCAGAAUGUCUUUAGUUCCCCGAAAAUCCUUAGUAACUCCUCGCAAGUCAAUCAAAAGAACUCCAAAAAUGCGAAAAUCCAACAGACAGAAAAGUUUCAGAAUAAGAUCAUCUCUGAUUGAAGAAUCAAACACAUCUGCAACUGAAGUGAAUACAGAAAGCAGCACAAAUGACUCAAAACUAUUCCUAAUUCCACAUCAUAAAGGCAAAUGGGUUACAAAAGACAUCCAUGAGUCAUGUUAUGACGAGAAAACUAAAACAUUUUCAUUUUACGCUGGUUGCUGUGGAGUAUUUGGACUAGCUAUUAGGAAAUAUUACAACAUGCCAUUCAAAAAUUGGGAACUGUAUCCGAUUAUUGAGGAGAACGAAGAUAAAUAUGUGUUAAUGAGAAUUGAAGGUCAAAAAGUAUCGAUUGAGUUUAAAAUUACACUUGCUGGAUUUACAUAUAAAAUUUUAAAGCCCGGAAAAGUUCCAAGGCAGGAACUUCAGAAGUCUGUUAAGAUUUUCGAGUUGAAAAAGAUUCUCAGUUCACUAAAUGUCAACUUAUUCCCAGAACUUGAUGCAAGUUGGUAUGUCCCAAAUAUUUCAGAAAAGCAUACAGCUAUGGAAUUUCAUACUUACAAGUCAAUGGCUGCUUUCUGUCUUUCAUAUCACUUUAAAUACCACGAAUGCAACCGAUAUGGAACUAGAAGAGAGAUUGUUCUUAAAUCUAAACUUUUAAAGGAUCAAUCGUUCACUGAUGUGCUGAUUACUCCUCUCAAAGUGCUGACCGUUGAUCCUAAAGUUGAAACCACUGAGAAUUAUCAAAUGAAGCUUAAAUAUGAAGAAAAUCCACCUGAUCAAGAAUUUUGUGCUGAUCUUUACGAGUUCUUAAAAGCCGAAGUUGACAAGACUGAGCAUCGAUUAAAUCAAAAAAGUUUUAUGAUUUUUUGGCAUGUUCAAGCAUUAUUGAUGAAUCUCCGUCCAUUAAGCUUCUCGCAAUGAUCUCAUAUCUACAGCAUGAAAAAUUCUAAGCAGACAUUCUCUUUUUCUAUUUUUAGACCAACUAGGAACAGAUAAUAUAAUCAGGAAGUCUGUUUUGCUGUUAAUUUGGAUGAGCUAUUGACUCAUGUGACUCUGCACAUUCUCUUAAAAUUGCGACUUCAAGGUGUAUUAGAAGUGCAAUUAAAGACAGAAAAUCACAUGAUUUGAAAUAAUACGAG